AGUCAGUCAUCAGUCAGCAUCUGAGAGGAGUAGUACGUUGCAUUAUCCUCCUCAUCCAUCUUCAAUUAUCUCCUCUCCUAGCUGUUAUAUCCUGCGAUUCUCGCUUCUGUAAACUCGCCAGUUCUUUAUGCAGUUGACGAUAAGGCUUCCUCAGCUGCUCUAGACCUGGCUUCAGAACACGGCAUCUAGACAUGUCAGUCUUCUUCACUGAAAAAGAGGCUGCAAGUUAACCAGCAACAUGGAAUUACUUACCCAGAUAUCAGCCAUGUCUCGAACAGCUGACCGUUAUGAUCGCCUCUUAGAGUCUGGACGCAGGAUGAGUUCAAAUCAAUGUGUUUUGGGAAUUGACAUAGGGACAACAUCAGUGAAGUGUUGUCUAGUGGAUGUUUUGUCCAAGGAAGUCAUCUCUAGCCAGAAAAAAGACACAUACUCAGACGUUCCCAGUGAACUUGGUACAGAGGGCAACAAACAGGAUGUUCCACGCAUCCUCUCAGCACUGCAGAUGUGUGUCUCGCGGCUUCCUAGGGAAGGAAUGAGGAAAGUGAGCAAGAUUGGUGUGUGUGGCCAGAUGCAUGGCUGUAUGCUCUGGAAGCAAGGUGAAGCUUGGGAACAAAAGCCAGACUCUGAUAGAUUUGCAAUUAAUCAAGUGAGCAAUUUAUACACUUGGCAAGACAGUCGAUGUACGCAAGAGUUCCUGUCUUCUCUCCCAGAGCCUGAAUCCCAUCAAGCAAUAUCAACUGGUUUUGGUUGUGCAACUUUACUCUGGUUUAUUAAAAAUAAACCUGAUACAUUUACCAGAUUCAACCGAGCUGGAACAAUCCAUGACUUCCUUGUGUGUAUGUUGUGUGGCCUAGAUCAUCCUAUUAUGUCUGUGCAGAAUGCCGCAUCCUGGGGCUAUCUCAACACUGUCACAAAGGAGUGGAAUUAUGAAAUACUGGAAGGGGCUGGUCUACCUCGUGACUUUCUGCCAAAAGUAGUGGAUUCUGGUGAGGAUGCAGGAACACUGGCCAAUGCUUGGUAUAGUAUCCCUGCUGGCACACCAGUCAUUGCUUCUCUUGGCGACCUUCAAUGCUCAGUUCUACCAUUGCUCUCCAAGAACAGUGAUGCUGUGAUCAACAUAUCUACCUCAGCUCAGUUAUGCUUCAAAAUGCCUAAAGACUUUGUGCCAGCAGAGAAGCCACCAUCUACCCCUCAUCCAAUUGAGUACUUUCCCUUCUUUGACAACUCUUACUUGGCUGUUGCUGCUUCACUAAAUGGUGGAAAUGCUUUGGCAGCAUUUGUUCGAACAUUGCAGCAGUGGAGUCUUGAUCUUGGCUUUCAGGUUCCACAAUCAAAAAUCUGGCAGAGGGUUCUUGAGCUUGGGGGAGACCAACAGAGCAAGUCUUCUUUGGCUAUUAAACCUUUAAUAUUUGGAGAGCGUCACACCCCACAAGAAAAUGCUUUGUCUAAUUUGACCUGGGUAAGUGUGUGGGAAAAAAUUUCCCGUUCACUGUGUAAGGGUCUAACACUACUGCUCCGUAGCAUGAUGCCACGCUCGAUCCUCGUUGAAAAUGGCAUUACAAGUAUAAUUGGGGGCGGUUCAGCCCUUGCCAGGAAUCCUAUUCUACUGCAAGAGCUAGAAGAAAUGUAUGAUCUACCUGUCUCACUAGACUCAAGAGGUGAUGCUGCCUAUGGGUCUGCCUUGGCAGCCAUUAAUUCAAAGAAGCCUUGAGAGCAUUGUUUUUGUGGAAUUUAUAAGUUGAAGAAAGAAUGAAAUGUGAAGGUGCUACCUGGGAUUGCAUAUUCUGCCUAUUCUUUUGUCUUAAAUCAUCUUUCUGUCUCUACUGUGUUUGAGGUAAUUAUGUAGGAGACCUCAGGAAAGGAAUUCUUCACUCUGAAUCCAGUCAAGCAAGAAGUCUUUAGAAACUGCCUUCAGGCUUGCUUCCUUACAUUUUCAGCUUUUAAAGUUAUUAAUGAUUUGUUUGAUUUUGACUUGUGCUUGUAAAGUUAGCUAUGACUAAUAGACCUUAAAAAUUGUCUCACUAGCUAGACUAUAUUAUAAACUGAUCACUUUGAGCCAUAUGUCUUGCAUAUAAUUUAGACUUUAAUCUCCUGAAAACUAAGGUUUUGUUUGUGCUGCAAGUUCAGCCCAGUGAAUCAAUAAAAUUGAGUUUAGUUCAUCAUUGAUUCUACUGUUAACUCGGUUUUUUAGGCAUGAAAUUAGGUAUACUGAAUUUUCAACCAAUGUUCCAGUAUUUUGUGAUCUUUUUAUUAUUCAUAGCUAAGGUUCUUGGUGCUACAAAUAUUUUUCUUUCUGAAAUUUAAAUUUCUAGUGGACCCAGCUUAUUGUGAAUCAUUUUAAAACAGUUCCUUACAUUUUUUAUAGUAUUAGCCUUACAGACUAUGUGAAUAUUUAUCUUUAUUUUUCUUUUUUACAUCAAGUUUUCUUUGUUACUGGCCAAUUCUACUUAUAGUGUCAUGAGUACUUUACUGAUCCCUUUGUUUUGCUUUUGUGUACUUUUCUCAUAUGCUUUAUUAUUCCUGUUACACCUCACAUAGUUGUGAUGUAGUAGAGUUUAAAGAAGUAGAAUAAGAUCUCAGCUAGUGAAAGAAAUACAGCAUAUAGACAACAGAAUGGUCGAUAUACACAAGUGCAGAGCAAAACUUUUAUCAAAUUACCAUUUGCCUGUACAGCACUCUUUUUUGAGGUCAUUGACUUGAAAAAAAAAAGUCGGUUGCACAAGUAAAACAUCAUCUCAAUAAAAGUUUUGCUUUGCAUCAGUUUCCCUUUCAAGCAAUAUCUUACUUAACAAGGACUGUUGAGCCUCAGAAAGCUACCUAACAAUAACGGGAUGUCUGCAUAAGAUAUCUUGACAGUGAUACCUUCCCUCAGAAUACCCUAUGGAAAUAUUCGUCUGCCAUAUAAAGAAUCUUACAGUAUUUUUCCAUUGGUAUAAAUCAUUCAUAUAAAUACCAUUUGCCACUAAUGCAGUUUGUGUUCUUUCAGCUUGAUGUUAAAAGAUCUGAUUUAGUGGCUUCAUUCAAAAUCAGUUUGUAUCUUAAGGUGAUGUGAUGGGAAACAAGGUAAGGGAAAGCAUUCUGCUUUAUAUUUCUAACGGAAUUGCUAUAUUAUUAAAGAAAAUUUGAAAUACUCGGUACGAUUACCAGAUUUAAUACAAAGAUAGUAAAUCAUAAGCUACUCUUGUUAACCUUCAUGGAUAUCAACGUAUAGAUUAAGAUCAAAGAAUGAAGUGCAAACCAAAUUUGAAUCCUUGAUGCCUUAAGCAGUGUGUGUCUGUGUGUAUGCAGUUGCUCGCUGCCCCCUGCUUAUGUGCAAAUGUUGAAACGUGUAUAAAUACACUUUGUGUAUAAAGAGUACUUUCAAAUGUGUAAAUAUUUAAUGUUUUACUGUGCAUACAAUAACAUGCAGUAAUAAAAUAUUUAACUAGGUAAACGUAUUGUUAAUUUUAGAGUGUAACUCGCUGUACUUGGAUUAAUGUCAUAAAUAUUGACUGGUGAAAAAUUGAGAAACCACUGGGACAUAAAAAAUGAAAGAGGCAGAAAGAGAUUGGCAUGUUUUGCCUUGGUCAUAUCUGCUAAACAUCUACUAAAGAGGGUGUAUGAGGUCAAAAAAAUACAUGUUCCAGAAUUCUGUAAUUAAUGUGUGGAGAUACCCAUAAAUAGAUAUGCUCUAGUUCCUAGUUUCAAGCAGAAGUGACAUUUAAUGGUCUUUAUGGUAAAUUAGCAUUGUAGAUAAACUUAGCAAGUGGAGCAAAAGGUGGAUGAUAGUUUUUCAAUGUAAAUCAGCAUCAUGUAGUGAAAAAUGGAAGUAAAAAUAGGUCACAUGAAGAAUACAGAUUUUGACGAAAUGUAUGAAUUGCUUACCAUGGUAAAUGUGAAAGAUAAAAUGAAUAUUAAAAAAUCACUUACAAAAUCACAUACUCUAUCAGAAAAGGACAUGAGGAAUACUAAAUAUAAAGUUAGUGUGUAGAGUAUUUACAGAAAAGGAUACCUUAAAUGAAGCAGAUUUGAACCUUUAAUGGCAAAUGAAAGUAAAGUAAAGAAUAACAAGCCUGUCUGCCUUGGAAAAUUUGUGUGAUUUCAUUCAUAUUCAUUCAUAUAGUUUAUUUGGACAUGACACAUAGUUGUACAAAGAAUUAUAGUAGUUGGGUGUAUAUGCCAAAAACCCCUUGUAUGCAGAGCAUUAUGGGCAGGCUUAAAAUUAACUUGAAAUUAACAAGCAAUGAAAGAAACCAAACCAUACCACGGGCGGGGAUAGAACCCACGAUCAGAGAGUCUCAAAACUCAAGACUGUCGCGUUAGCCACUGGACUGUCUGAUCAUGGGUUUUAUCCCCGCCCAUGGUAUGGUUUGCUUGCAAUCGUGUCAUUACGAUUUCAUGAGUCAAGCAAUGAAAGGUUCAGUGGUAAAAAUUACCGUAAACAAUUUACAAUAAGAAGUACAAUUGAGUGUUUGAAACAAUGAAAUUUGAACAUUUCGAUAUUGAAGCAUUAUAGUUGUGCAAAUUUGUCGCAUUACAAUGUAUAACAAACAAGAUGAUCAAUUUACUGUAUGUUGUCUUGAAGUUUUAAGAUUUAAGUAAUUGGGAGAAUUAUUGGUAAUGUUAAAUAUUGAGUGUUGAUUAUUUAGUCCUGGGCAAGUAAGUGGUUUCUUUUUAGAAGAGUCUUAAAGGAAGUGGCAGACAGAUAGAAAAUGGGAAACAUUGUUCCAGUAAUGAAAAAAUUCUCUAUAUUGAUUUCAUUUAUUUUGACUUCAAAAUGUUAUUCAAUAGUUUUCCCAUGAGACUGAUUUUGAAAAUACAAUAAAUAAUAUAAAUAAACUUAAAAAGUUUUAUGAAUGAUUUUCUGUAUGAAAUGAAAAUGCAAACAGUGGCAAUGGGAUAAAAUAACUGUGGGAAUUGUGACCAGCAAUAAAAUUUAACUAAUAAAAUUUUUAAUUUAUGUAACUAAUUGCCAGAAGGAAUAAACAAAUGCUGUAUAUAUAUGUAAGUACAAUACAUCCUCAUGGUUAAUCCAGAAAUCUUAUGCAAAAUAAGUAAUAAAUUAUUGCAGAGCCCUGUAAGGAAACUGGAUAAAGUGAGCAGAUAGUGAUCAAGAUGAUUGAAUUAAAUUUGGAUAAGUCACCAGACAAAUUAUUCUUUAGAUAGUAUGUGAAUUGGGAAAUGAGUUAUGAAGAAGAGACAUAAAAAGGUACAUUGAGGGGUAUAUAAAAGUUACGUGAAAAUAUAUUAAGAAUGUGUCUUAUCAACAAGGAGAAUAAGAGGUCAUUAUUGUUAACCGUGAAAAGUGGUGCCUAAAGAAAGUUUGUUUACAAAUCAUUGUAGAAUACUGUACUGGAAUGAGAUAGAGAAUAAAAAGGUACAAUAUCAUGACUGAGAGAAUACACACAUAGAAGACUGAAACUUGUGACAGUGUUUCAGUCUGACUUGGAAUAUUAACUAGUGAUUAAUUAACCCUCUCACUGUUGGUGACAUAUAGGUACGGCUUACAAGCCAGUGUCAGUGAUGUAUUAAUACGCCAAAAUUCUAGCGGCUUCAAAUCUAGUGGGAGAAAGCCGGUAGACCUACAUGUGAGAGAAUGGGUCUGUGUGGUCACUGUGCGCAGUAUAAAAAAAACCCUGCUGCACACAGUGUAUAAUGAGAAAAAAACUCCAAAGGUAUAUUACAGAAAUAGAGAUGAUAUUGAUUAGUUUCAUGAUGAAAAGUACCUUGAAGUUGAGCUCAAAGUAGCAGAAAUGUUUGACUUUUGCCAAUGCUCGAGAGGAAACAUAUGAAGUCACCAUCGAAUACGUGUCCAACUGGCCAGUCUAAUGCGCAGUCAUGAAUGGGUUGACAUUACUUGUACAAUUAUUACAAUAAUGCAGUUGUCUGCAUAACAGUAAAUCUUCCAUUUUUUGUGUGAAUAAAAAUUCAAAAUGGAGAGCAAGAGUAAUAUAAGAGGGGCCUGGAGUCAUGAGCAAAGAACAGAGAAAAUGUUAUUUAGUGCCAGGAAUGUCUGCAUUGUUUAUUCUGGACCCUAUUUUGAAAUUGGCAUCUUUUGAAAUUUGUGUGAAAUGACCAAAUUGCCAAUUUCUGACUAUUUUAUUGGGUAGUUGAAAUCGGUUAAUUAGCGGUUUCUUGUACUUAAUCAAUAAACAAAUGGAGUUCUAGCGAAAUAGCUAUGAGUUUGGUUGAUUGGAACAAUGGAAUUGGCCAAAAAUAGGGCAAAAUCUCCGAUGUGUAUAUAUCACCGAGACCUCUAACUUCGCAAGAGUGUAAUGCCGUAAGUUUCUAACAAAUUUCGUACUUUUGGUGUCAUUACCAUCGGGAAAAGAUUCUCUAUCAUUUCAUAAGAAAAAAUAAUUUUUUUUUGUAAAGUCUUCGACACUGAGAACAAGUUUGUGAGCAGGGGUCUCGACAGUGAAAGGGUUAAUGGUCCAGGUUGGAUCGAAACAUUGUCAAAAGUUUGUCUUGUAUGUGCGGGUUAUUUGUUCAUUGUUCUGGAAUGAGAUAACAAAAGGGUGGUACAGUAGUAUAUAACAAUGGUACAAUUAUUGGCAACUUAAAUUCUAUAACAAGUAAAACAUUGAAGGCAUGCCAACAUGAGUAUAGCUCUGUAACUACUAAUUGGGAAGCCAGUAGGUAAUCACAAGUGUCAAAAAUAAUCUAAUGGGUCAUUAUACAUGUGUUCUGACAUGGGAUAAGUUCAACAGUUUGAACACAAACUGUAGACAUGUUAUCAUUACAGUGGACCCCCGACAUUCGAUGCAUUUUAAUGCAAAAAUUUCGCCUCGACAUUCGAUGGAAAACCCGACAUUCGAUACGAUUCGUACGAGACGUGUCCACAUGUGGCCUGAACUGCCCCGUGUGUGCCAGUGUUUACAAGCCAGCCAGUGUGCGCACAUCUAAGGAUACAUUCGGUACAUUCCAUAUUAUCACUGUUUUUGGUGCUUGUUUCUGCAAAAUAAGUAACCAUGGGCCCCAAGAAAGCUUCUAGUGCCAACCCUUCGAGAAAAAAGAUGCUAAUGACUAUUGAAAUGAAGAAAGAGAUAAUUGCAAAGUACGAAAGUGGAAUGUGUGUGUCGGAGCUGGCCAGGUUGUAUAGUAAACCCCAAUCAACCAUCUCUGCUAUAGUGAGCAGGAAAAUGGCAAUCAAGGAAGCUGUUGUUGCAAAAGGUGCAACUUUGUUUUGGAAGCAGAGAUCGCUAGUGUUAGAAGAUGUUGAGAGACUGUUAUUGGUGUGGAUAAAUGAAAAACAGAUAGCAGGAGAUAGCAUCUCUCAAGCGAUCAUUUGUGAAAAGGCUAGGCAGUUGCAUGAUGAUUUGGUAAAGAAAUUGCCUGCAACUAGUGGUUAUGUGAGUGAAUUUAAGGCCAGCAAAGGUUGGUUUGAAAGAUUUAAGAAUCGUAGUGGCAUACACAGUGUGGUAAGGCAUGGUGAGGCUGCCAGUUCGGACCACAAAGCGGCUGAAAAAUAUGUGCAUGAAUUCAAGGAGUACAUAGAGGCUGAAGGAUUGAAACCUGAACAAGUGUUUAAUUGUGACGAAACAGGCCUGUUUUGGAAGAAAUUGCCAAGCAGGACCUACAUUACUCAGGAGGAAAAGGCACUCCCAGGACAUAAGCCUCUGAAAGACAGGCUUGCUCUUCUGAUGUGUGCCAAUGCUAGUGGUGAUUGCAAAGUGAAACCUUUAUUGGUGUAUCACUCAGAAACUCCCAGAGCGUUCAGGCAAAAGAAUAUCCUCAAGGCUAAUUUGUGUGUGCUGUGGAGGGAAAACAGUAAGGCAUGGGUCACUAGGGACUUUUUCUGUGACUGGUUACACCAUGCAUUUGCCCCCAUUGUGAAAAAUUACCUAAUUGAAAAGAAAUUAGACCUUAAGUGCCUCCUGGUAUUAGACUAUGCCCCUGGUCAUCUAACAGACUUGGCAGAGCGACUUUCUGGGGACAUGAGCUUCAUUAAGGUCAAGUUUUUGCCUCCUAAUACCACUCCUCUCCUGCAGCCCAUGGACCAGCAGGUCAUUUCCAACUUCAAGAAACUGUACACAAAAGCUAUGUUUUAAAAGUGUUUUGUAGUGACCACAGAAACUCAACUGACUCUAAAAGAGUUUUGGAAGGAUCUCUUUAAUAUCCUCAAUUGUAUAAACCUUAUAGGUAAGGCUUGGGAGGAAGUGACUAAGAGGACCUUGAACUCUUCUUGGAAAAAACUGUGGCCAGAAUGUGUAGACAAAAGGGAUUUUGAAGGGUUUGAGGCUAACCCUGAGAAUCCUGUGCCAGUUGAGGAAUCCAUUGUCGCAUUGGGGAAGUCCUUGGGGUUGGAGGUUAGUGGGGAGGAUGUGGAAGAGUUGGUGGAGGAGGACAAUGAUGAACUAACCACUGAUGAGCUGCUAGAUCAUCUUCAACAGCAAGAGGCCAGACCUGAGGAAACUGCUUCGGAGGAGGAGAUAAAGAAAUUGAAGAAGUUGCCUACUUCAAAGAUUAAGGAAAUGUGUGCAAAGUGGCUUGAAGUGCAAACCUUUUUUGAUGAAAAUCACCCUGACACAGCUACUGCAAGCCGUGUUGGCAACCUGUACACUGACAAUGUUGUGAACCACUUUAGGAAAGUCAUAAAGGAACGAGAGGUACAGGCUUCUAUAGACAGAUAUGUUGUGCGACAGAAGUCCAGUGACUCUCAAGCUGGUCCUAGUGGCAUUAAAAGAAGAAGGGACGUAACCCCGGAAAAAGACUUGAUACCUCAAGUCCUAAUGGAAGGGGAUUCCCCUUCUAAACACUAACACCAUCCACACUCUCCCCUCCUCCUAUCCCAUCAAUCAUCACCAGAUCUUCAUUAAAGGUAAGUGUCAAUUAUUCUAUUGUUAUUAAUCUAUUGUUAUUGUUGUUAUUGUAAUUAUUCUAUUGCAUUAAACUUAAUAUUUCAUGUGGUAAAUUUUUUUUUUCAUACUUUUGGGUGUCUUGCAUGGGGAAAAUUAAUUCGACUUUCGAUAUUUUCAACAUUCGAUGAGCUCUCAGGAACGGAUUAAUAUCGAAUGUCGAGGGUCCCCUGUAUAUCAUAAAUUGUAGUGUAAUUUGCAGUUUACUAUAAUUACUCCAAAAUGUUAGAAGUUGUACAAUGUUAAAACAAAGUGUACAUAUAAGAUGGACACUAGUACUCUUUUGAAAUUGUUAUAAAUGCAUUCCUUGGGAUAUGAAGGUACUAGUUAUUUAUACAGGAGAAGGGGUAACUAACCCCUUGCUCCCAUUAACAAUAAUAUAUAAUGUAUGUAAUUGGUCUUUAUCCUAGGUAGUAGGUUGGUAGACAGCAACCGCCCAGGGAGGUACUACCGUCCUGCCAAGUGAGUGUAAAACGAAAGCCUGUAAUUGUUUUACAUGAUGGUAGGAUUGCUGGUGUCUUUUUAUUGUCUCAUACACAUGCAAGAUUUCAGGUAUGUCUUGCUACUUCUACUUACACUUAGGUUACACUUCACAUACAUGUACAAGCUAUAUACACACACCCCUCUGGGUUUUCUUCUAUUUUCUUUCUAGUUCUUGUUCUUGUUUAUUUCUUCUUACCUCCAUGGGGAAGUGGAACAGAAUUCUUCCUCCGUAAGCCAUGCGUGUUGUAAGAGGCAACUAAAAUGCCGGGAGCAAGGGGCUAGUAACCCCUUCUCCUGUAUAUAUUACUAAAUGUAAAAGGAGAAACUUUGGUUUUUUCUUUUGGGCCACCCCGCCUCGGUGGGAUACGGCCGGUGUGUUGAAAGAGAGAAAGAAAUUGGUCUUUAUGUAGCAAGUUUAUAUCUGAUAAAAUAUAGAUAUCUUUUAUCAUGCAAGGAAGCAAAUUUGGUAACCAACUUGGAUUCAUAAAGUGAGGGCAUUAUGUUGUGGGAAGAAAGCACAGCUAUUAUAUAAAAGUAAUUCAAACAGCAGUAUAAGAAAUUUCACUUCUGCUAUAGAAAACAAAUUAUGUUUUCACAAAAGCAGUAAAUGAAUUGUGUAAAGUAAAAAAAAAAAAUUGUCUGGGCACUACAAGAGAUUUGUGCACUGGGGAACCUUGAUGUUCCUUCAGAGAGCAUGACACAUUGAUUACAUAUAAUACAAUGAUGAACUUGUGAAUAUUAUAAGUAUUUUACUGUGUGGAAAAAAAUACAUUGUUUUGUAUAGUCUGUUGUAUGUACAGUAUAUAUAAUGAUGCUAUGUUUGCAUCACAAGGUUAGAAGAUUGCAACUUGUUUACGUCAUAGAGAUUGUUUAUAUUUUUUUACCAAGUUUCUUGUUUUCCUCUAUUUUUUAUGCUGUGCAAAUUUAAAAACAAGAAUUAAAAUACACCUGACCACCGGGUAGACUUAGGUUUUGCCCCCAUGCCAGGCUUAAGAGUUAACUAAAGUAAUUCAGAGUAAUACACAAAGCUCUUAUAAUUAACUAUCAUUCUUUUCAUUCAUUUCUGUUUUGAAUGUGUGUGUAUGCAGCAUUCUUUCUCAGUAAUAAGAAUGAAAUAAAUACAAAAACUGUACUUCAACAGUUUAGUUUCUCUGUAUUCUAUAAUAAACUUUUAGCACAGUGCUACCUAUUCUAUAGUGUAAUUCCAGAUUUGACCCCAUUUUGUUUAUUUAUAUCUAGUCAAAGUCAAAAAUAUAAAGUGAAUGAACAAUUUUGGUAAGGGGAAAAUAAAAAGAAAGACCUCUUGCUAAUACAGUUUGGCCAUCACUAAUUUGGCAUCAUUGGGACCUGUAGUGUGCCAGAUUAGUGAGUUUGCCGGACUACAGAGUGGUUAGGUUAGAAUACACUUAAUUAACCUAUCAAUAGAGACUUUCUGUUACAUCGUCCUCAUUUUCAUCACUGCUUUUUCCUGCACUGGCUUGCUGCUGUGGACUUACAACCAUCUGCACAGUUUUUGAGUCAGUAUAAUGAUGAAAUUUGAAACUAUGCUAGCCGAAAUUAGUGCCGGAUUACUGAUGGCCAACCUGUAGUACUGUAGUAUACCCUUCUUAUAAUGGACUUCUGUUAGACUCUGGAAAUAUGGAACAAAAUCUACUGGGUUAAUUGAUUUGGAAACUAUGGGGGAAGUCUGUUAGCUGUAGAAUUGAUAAAUUAGACACAUGUGCAACAUUUGGGUAUCUUAAUGAGGAAAUGUUUUGCCACAUUGUGGCUUCAUCAAAGGAGAAUGGUGAAGAACAGGAGAAGUUUGAGGUAAUCAGUCCCUCAGUCUUGAAGGACUGAUUACCUUUAGCUGUGAGGAACUGAGAGACUGAUUACCUCAAACUUCUCCUGUUCUUCACCAUUCUCCUUUGUAUGGACUGAUGAAGCCACUGUGUGGCAAAACAUUUCCUCAUUAAAGAUACCCAAAUGUUGCACAUGUGUCUAAUUUAUCAACUUGUCGGUUCUCUGAACCAUUCAUCUACAUACCUGUAGAAUUGUUUAUCAUCACAGCAAAACAGUCUACAAUUGCCAUUACUGCCCCCCCCCCCUUUCUCCCUUAGUCUAUUAUAUGGAAGGUUUACUGGUACUAUAAUGAUCUUGAAUGGUCUCCACACUUCACGUGAUGACUCAGUUUCUACCGGUAAUGUGCUAUAUUCAGUACAAAUUUCUGCUUUUAUGCAAACCCCCAAGCCCAGCACUACUUGAUUUAUUAACAAUGUCCUAUAUAUCUUUAAAUAUCAUUCUGGAUAGGUGUGUAUUAACUUUUAUAAAUGAAGAAAUUAGAGAAAGAAAAUAGAUUUUGGUAUUGGAAAUCCACUGAGCAUACAUGUAUUUUAAAAAAUCCAUUGGCUGAUUUUCAGCUUGUCUUUCUCAAAGUCAAAAGAAAAUGGGCACCUAGCCAAACGAACAUGAGUUACGCUGACAAAAUUGGGACUAGGAGUAGAGAGGAGCAGGAAAGAGAAUUAGGGAGAUAUGUAUUCACAAGUUCAUAACAUGUACAUUUCAACUACGAUGAAGACAAGCUGGUUGGUUGGUGGUACAGGAAGGUGGGAGAACCUUAAUAGGAUGCACGACCAUAACACAAAACACACAUCACGUUUUGAUGUACCCCAUGUCCACACCACACUUGUAAGAACUAUGUAAGAACAACAAUUUAAGACUCUUCUCUAAAACCAUCUACUCACCCUAAACUAAAUGUUCAAUACUUAAUACUUAAAUUAAGAUCUCCCAACUACCUAAAUCUUAACACUUCAAAAUUUAAAUACCCAAAGUUCAUACGUAACUUAAUACUACAUUGUAGUAUAAAUACCUGCACAAAACUAUACUGCCAUACACUAUAUUGUAGCAUUCUAACACUGUAAACUACUUUCACCAACGCUCAGUAUUAUAUUCCAGUAAUAUAACUUAAAUAUUUACUAUUGAUAUACACAACCUACAAAAUACCUCCAGAUUGUCCCAAUGUAAUAUCCUCAGAUUGUAACUUGAGUUAACUCACUGUCUGCUUUAAAUAAAAAUAAACUAUGAUCAGUUUCUCUAGUAUUAAGUAGUCUGUAAGCCAUUAAUUUAGUCUGCCCAUAAUGCUGUGGCAUGAUAGUGGCUCUCUUUGCACUCCAACUCAUUAUUGAAACUUCAGAAACUGUGUAAAGUUGCAAAGAAAUAAAAAUUGUAUUGUAUUGUAUAAGUGACAAGUAUGAAUAACUUGUGUAGGGAGUAUGACUUGCUUUUUUUUUUACGACAAAAAUUUUUGCAUAUGAUAAUUGGGUGCAUAUGUACCCCAUGGCCUGAUGGCUAAAGCUCUUGCUUCACAUAAGGAGGGUCCUGGUUCAAUUCCCGGCAAGGGUAGAAACACUGGGCAUGUUUCCUUACACCGGUUGUCUGUGUUCCCCAUCAGUAAAAUGGGUACCUGGGUGUUAGUCAACUGGUGUGGGUCAAAUCCUGGGAGGACAAAACUGACCUAAUUUGCCCAAAAUUCUCUUCAUAACAAGGGACUUUCUAUAUAGUAGUAUGUCAUUGAUGUCAGCUAGGCGUGUAUACCUUGUACAUGUAUAUACAUACUUGCAGAAAUAAAGAUAUGCUUUCUUUCUUCUUUCAACAAACUCGCCGUAUCCCACCAAAGCAGGGUGGCCCAAAAAGAAAAAAAUUCUCUUUUUAACGUCAGUAAUGUAUACAGGAGAAGGGGUUACUAGCCCCUUCUCCUGUAUACAUUUUAUCCACCUCUUAUGACAUGCAUGACUUAUGAAGGAAGAAUUUUGUUCCACUUCCCCAUGGAGAUAUAAAAUAAACCAGAACAAGAACUAGAAAGAAAAUAGAAGAAAACCCAGAGGGAUGUGUGUAUAUAUGUUUGUUGUAGUGUGACCUAAGAGUAAGUAGAAGUAGCAAGAUAUACCUGAAAUCUUGCAUGUUUAUGAGACAGAAAAAAAAGACACCAGUAAUCCUACCAUCGUGUAAAACAAUUACAGGCUUCCGUUUUACACUCACUUAGUGCCUCCCUCGGCAGUUGCUGUUUACCAAUGUACUCCCUUGGAAAGAUAUUAUUAUCAUUACUAGUCGAGAAAUGCGGACUUUGCAGAGUCUUGGAACAUAUCUUUGUCAUGUGUGUAGUGUUGGGUUUGUUUUGUUACUUCACUUAUACUCCCUUAGGUAGAAACACAUCAGUUGCAUAAACUGAGGAACACCAGUGCUGUUCGAUUUUUUGACUGAACAUGUCACAAUCUGGGAGAACAUGGGUGUCAUGAAGGUUUACAGUAAACUUAUAUAUAGGUCAUAUUUCUAUUGCUCACCAUUGCCUUUUAAGGAGACUAAAGCAAUAUACUAUAAUACUCAUGUAUAUAAGUUGUGCAUUGUGUAUACUUGUUGCUCAAAUUUAUGAUAAAUGUACUGGUAAAUGAUUAAAAUAAGGAGGAAAGUCAGGGAAAUAAAUAUGCAUACAGAAGUUAGAAGAAUUAGUAAUUAGAAAUAAAAGGUGAAUAUAUUGCUAUUUUAUAUUACAGUUGAUAUAUAUAAUAGGAUUACAAAAGAUGUAGGUGAGGCUGAGGGAUAUAAUUGCUAGUUUUAUUUCUUGUCUUAAUUAUUGAAACAUUAUUUCUUGGUAUGAUAUUAGUUAAGGACUUUGUUAUUAAUUUUAAUUACCAGUAAUUAAGUAAUCAUUACAUUGGGGCAUCACAACAUUAGGGUCAUUGGUGAAGUUUUUCUUUAUUAUUGACAUACUGUACAUCAUUAGAAAAAUCAUUUAGUGUAUGAAUUUUUAUUGAGUGAUUGCUUUUGUUGUUGUUCUUUUAAUUUGAAAUAAAUUCUUAAAGUUGAUGUCAUCUGUAAAUUCUAGUUACAUGUACAAUAUAUAUUUAGAAUUUGUAAUAAUUAAUGUUUUGACAAAAUUAUCUGAGUUUAGUGUAAUUUGAGUAUCAUCAUAUUUUAUUCAGGUAACAUCUUACAGCAACUUAAUACGUAUAUAAUAAUGGUUCUUCUGCAAUUUUACCCUAAGGUAAAUACUUGUUUUAGAAUAGUACUUAAGUACAGUACUGUAUUCAACUCUUAUUAUAUUUUGCUGAAAUUCUAGUGUUGAUCUUGGACCAAAAAAAAAAAAGCCUUUUGUGGGUUAUACAGGGUUGAGCAUAAGUCAUCUUAACAAGAUUUAUGAAAUCAUUUUGUGAGGAACAGUCGUUGCUAAUCAUUACUGUAAUUAUUUUUGUUAGUGAUUUAUGCUGCAUCUUGUAUAUUUAAUAGGCAGAUUUAACUUGAAAAGCUAGUUAGCAGAGUUGCUUGUAAUGUAAAGGUCUUUUAUAAUAUCAAGAUUGUUGUGAACAUGCUAUUAACAUUAUACCAGAGCAUCUUACUAUACUUGUGGAUCAAUGUCUAGCUAUUUUCAUGCUCUAUACACCUCCAGCCAAUUAGGUUAACAGUUGUGCAAAGUUAAUAUUAUUCAUGGAGAAGCACUACACCAAUAGGGAUUCAGGCAGUACCUGGAAAGUGAGAGGUAAUCAAAUUUGGUCCCAGGAAGUGGAUAGUAGGUAGUUCCAGUGUUUUGAAUCAAGGGCCCUUCAGCAGCAUAGAGGUACUGUAUCCCUCUUAAACAGUGUAAAGCCAAAAGAAAAAUAGCAAAUAUUGCACAUUUAGAGACAGCCAUGCCUCAACCCCUGCAAGCAUAUAUUAGUAAGUACAUAUAGGUGGUAUAUUAAAGGUAAUAAAUCUAUCUUUCUUUCAACAAACUGGCCGUAUCCCACCGAGGCAGGGUGGCCCAAAAAGAAAAACAAAAGUUUCUCUUUUUAAAUUUAGUAAUUUAUACAGGAGAAGGGGUUACUAGCCCCUUCCUAAGGUAAUAAAUAUAGAGGAAAAUAUUAAAGCAAGUUCAGAUACUGUAACAGUCAAGGAAAGUUUGUGUGUUAUAUUCUCUAAUGCUUCUUAUUGCAAGAACAACAUUAUUGCUUAGUAUAUUUUAGUGGGAUCUGAAAUAUGUAUGCUAAGUAUGUUUGUGUUUCCUUUAUCUACACUUUAGAAAAGUAUUCUAUAAAAGAUUUUAUAGACCUCCCUUUACCUGAGCAUCAAUGUGAAAUAAAUGGCUUACUUAAUGAUAUAUUAUUUAUUAUAAUUACUACCAAUAUUAUUUUAAAGUGUUCUACUGUAAUUGCUUUAAUUAUUUACAUAGAGAAUAUAAAUGUGACAAGACUGUAGGUACAUAGACUGCAGGUGGUACAGUAUAUAACUUGCCUAAGUCACAUCCACUGUUUAAAAAAAGGGCUUUAUUUAUUGUUAUUAUAAUUACUGGUAGUAGUGAUAAUGCUUUUCGUAGUGUUUAGUUUUGUCUUGGGUGGUUUUACUCAAGGUAUUGAUUUUUAUUUCCUUAACACAGCAGGCAACCCAAAAAAGAACAUAUUCGCCAUCAUUCAUUCAGUAGCUGUUUUGCCAGAAGUGCGCAGACCUCACAAUUCAAAUGACCCUUUGAACUGCAUCAUCAUUUUAGCUCCAAGAAAAAAAAUAAAAGCUGCAGUACAUUUUAUUAGUAUAUAAAUAGAUUGCCAAGAGAAGAAAAAGGUAUGUGAUUUACAGUGCUUUUGAAUGAACAUUGAUACUAUUAAAAUUACUCAUUGUAGGGAAUUUUGCCUUGUACCAUAGUAUUAUGCAGUUAAUGACUCCUGUCCUAUAAAACUGUCACAACAGAUUUCUACAAGAUGAUUCAAAGAAAUGUCAGUAACUAAUUAUGCUUGAGCAGAACCAAAUUUGUACAACUAGUGACUAUUUCUUGGAGACAUUGUUACCAGCCAGGCACUUAUGGGCUCCAUAACAGGAAUUCUGUCUCAUAUUGCCAUAAAAUGUAUAUACCUAGAAUUGUCAUUACUUUACCCUGUCAGUAAUCUAUCAAUGAGCACGCAGAAAUUACCUUCGAUGUUGUCACUACCCUAACCCCCUUACUUCAUCUUCCCUCCUUGCUGAUGGGCCUGCCUUGGACUCAGACUCCCUCAUUGCCUUUUUGACAGCAACUGAAUUACUGGAGUAUACCUGGAGAGGGUUUCGAGGGUCAGUGCCCUAGUGGCCUGGUCUGUGACCAGGCCUCAUGGUGGAUCAGGGCCUGUUCAACCAAGCUGUUGCUGUUGGCCGCACGCAACCCAACAUAUGAAUCACAGCCCGGCUGGUCAGGUACUGACUUUGAGUGCCUGUCCAGCGCUUUCUUGAAGACGCCCAAAGGUCUGUUGGUAAUCCCCCCUUAUGUGUGCUGGGAGGCAGUUGAACAGUCUUGGGCCCCUGACACUUAUUGUGUUAUCUCUCUUCGUGCUAGUGGCACCCCUGCUUUCAUUGGGGGAAUGUUGCAUCAUCUGCCGAGUUUUUUGCUUUCAUAGGGAGUGAUUUUCGUGUGGAAGCUUGGUACUAAUUCCUCUAGGAUUUUCUGAGUGUAUAUAAUCAUGUAUCUCUCCUGCCUGCGUUCUAGGGAGUACAGGUUGAGGAACUUCAAACAUUCCCGGUAAUUGAGGUGUUUUAUCGCAGUUAUGUGUGCCUUGAAGGUUCUCUGUACAUUUUCUAGGUCAGCAGUUUCCCCUGCCUUGAAAGGUGCUGUUAGUGUGUAGCAAUAUUCCAGCCUAGAUAGAACAAGCGACCUGAUGAGUGUCACUACACAAACUUUGAUGAUACUUCCUUUAACACUCUUCACAGCACCUUUAUAUCUCUACCCCUAUUCUCUUCUCCAUCCUUGCUACUCUUCAAUCCAACAAAAUCCCCUGCCCUGCAGUGUUGUAUGACCAUAGUAGUUUUAUCUCUUUGUUUUGAUGAUAAUAAUAAUAAUACCCUAUUAGUAUAAAUGCCUGAAGAGCAACAAAUAGGCAAAGUACAGUACUUAACUUAUCUGAUUUGUCAGUAUCAUUGAUGCAGAACUCAUCCAUCCUCAAACAUUCUAAAUAUGUAGAAAUUCCCUGAGCUUAGUACUUGUGUUCAAUGCAGAUUUGACUACUUUUGACCAUGUCUUAGUAGAUUUAAAAUACAGUAAAGCCUCGAAUAGAACGAAUUUAAACAGAAUGUUUUUGUGAUAACAUUGUUGAGCAAUUGCAGCAUAAAUUUGAACAGAUUGCCAUAAAACUUGAGUAGCACACUUUAAAUAUUUAAAAAAAGGUGUUAAGGCAUGAAAACUGCUCAGGAGAUUUAUAUGGCUUGGAGAAAGUCAGUUGCUGACUCGAGCUCAGUAACUCGUAUGCUGUAGUGGCCCUCUUAACCUCAACAGACAGUCUUACCCACAGCCAUCAGCUGACAAAACAAAUGACUCACAGCUGUCUGCUUCUCAGUAGCUGCAUACUUAUCUCCAAAUACCUCUAGGACAAGCAAAAGGAACAAAGGAUUUAAGGUUGCAUUAAAUUCUUAUUACUUUUUUUUAUGUAUAGGUAUUGUAUACUGAUAAGAUUGUGGAUUAACUUUGAGUCAUGGUGGUGUAUUGGCCUUCUGUUUUCUCUGGAUAGAAUACCAUGCUCAUUUUCUCUAGAAGGCAGAAACAGUAUACUGAGGUAGCCUCAAUAAGUUUAUUUAGUAACUAAGUUUUUAUUGAGAAUUUGGGUACAUAACAUAUAUUUUCAUAUAAAAAAGCAGUGACAUCUAUAAUAUAAGGUGUCAAAAAAUUCAUUAUUUUUGACUGAAUAAGAAACUUUACAUAACCCUAUUUUUUCUGUUCUUCAGUUUGCUGAACACUUUUUUUUUGUAUGUGUGUGUGUGUGUGUGUUAGUUACCAUUUUUGCAGUUCCUGGCCCUGCCUCUUCGCUGGCUGCUACUGGGUCACUUCCCGCUCCAUGAGCUUUAUCAUACCUCUUCUUAAAGCUAUGUAUGGAUCAUGCCUCCACUGCAUCACUUCCCAGACUAUUCCACUUCCCAACAACUCUGUGACUGAAGAAAUACAUCUUAACAUCCUUGUGAUUCAUCUGAAUCUUCAACUUCCAACUGUGACCCCUUGUUGCUGUGUCCUAUCUCUGGAACAUCUUGUCUCUGUCCACCUUGUUGAUUCCUCUCAGUAUUUUGUAUAUCGUUAUCAUAUCCCCUCUAUCUCCUGUCCUCCAGUGUCAUCAGGUCGAUUUCCCUUAACCUCUUCUCGUAGGACAUACCCCUUAACUCCAGGACCAGUCUAGAUGCAAACCUUUGCACUUUCUGUAGUGUGUGUGUGUGUCUCUUUCUGUCUGUCUCAUCAGAAAUGCAACUUGUCUUUUUCAAGGGCCCUUUGUGUUAUAUAAUGAAUGUACAUACUAGGGCACCAUUGAAAGGUAAUACAAUGUUUAGUCAUAGUAGUCUAUAACUUGAAGGUUAUCUUUAAGAAGACUGUAGCUGACUCAGAAAUGUGUUGUUAAUCUCAUAGUAUGAUGGAACUGUGUCCUUUACAGAACAGUAUCCAAAAAUGCAGCUCUGUACCAGCACUCAUUUGUGGGUGGUCUACUUCCACUCUGCAAAAUUAAUCUUGUAAGAGCGAGACAGUCAUGAGUCAACACGUUUUUUUCAUAUCUUCACUUGUUCAACUCAAGGGACUUUAUGGAGUGAUAAAUUUUCCUGUUUUCAUUGAAGGUGAACCAACUAAAUUCGCUUCAUAAUAUAUAGCCUCUGAUUCCUGAUACCUGUAUUUUUUUGCUACACAUCUUGUGGCCUCAUUGACAGGUUGCCUCAAACCUAACUACAGUAACUAUAGAAGUUUUAAUUAUUUUAUGGGGUUGCAAAAUAAAAAUGAUAAAAUUUGUAAAUAUUUCUUAUUCAUUGUAUAAUGCAUUCUACAGAUUCAAGGAAUUAUUAAGGGUUCAGUGUUUAUUAGUGCCUUGCAUGUGCAUUAACCCUUUGACUGUCAAGGUCGUAUAUAUACGUCUUACGAGGUACCGUGUUUGACGUAUAUACAUGUAUACUCAUAAAUUCUAGCGGCUUUAAAUCAAGCAGGAGAAAGCUGGUAGGCCCACAUGUGAGAGAAUGGGUCUGUGUGGUCAGUGUGCACCAAUAUAAAAAAAAUCCUGGAGCAUGCAGUGCAUAAUGAGAAAAAAAAAACUCGACCAUUUUUUUUAAUUAAAAUGCCGACUUUGUGGUCUAUUUUUGUAUAGUAUUUAUGGUUGUAUUCUUGUUUUCUUGGUCUCAUUUGAUAGAAUGGAAAACAUAUUAUAGAAAUAGAGGUGAUUUUGAGUGAUUUUACUAUAAAAAGAACCUGGAAAUGGAGCUCAAAGUAGGGGAAAUGUUUGAUUUUUGCCCAUGUUCAAAAGUAAACAAAUGAUGUCAUUGUCCAAUAAAUGUCCAACUAGUCAUUCUAAUAUGCAGUCAUGAAUGGGUUGAUGUUAUUUAUACAACAAAAUGGAUUUCUAAUAAAAAUGUUAUGAGUUUGGUUGACUGGACCAAUGGAAUUAGCCAAAAAUAGGGCUCAAAGUGGGUGAAAUCGCCGAGGUUGCUAACUUCGCGAGAGCGUAAUUCCGUCAGUUUUCCAUCAAAUUUCGUGUUUUUUGGCAUCAUUACAAUCGGGAAAAGAUUCUCUAUAAUUUCAUAAGAUUUUUUUUUUUUUUUUUUUUUUUUUUUGAAAUUUUGCAACACCAGGAGACACUUUAGGAUUGGGGGUUGCGACAGUCAAGGGGUUAAUUCCCAUAUCCAGACCCUGUGAGGGCCAGUAAUUCAAGAGGACAUAGCAUAGUAAUUUAGCUUUGUGAAGUUUGUAACCCUCAUAUUCUCUAACUAUAUUCACCUUUACAUUCUCCUUUCAUUAACCCUGAUAGUCACCUUAUACGUACCUUGUCUUUCAAUCUUAUACUCACCCUGUCUUGUACUCUCUUGCCCUAUUUUUCACUCUCAUCAAAUUCAGAUACCAAAAGUAUUUUAAAAUACAGUACUACUUAAGGACAAAAAUUUAGAAAAAAGGUAGAGUAUUUUUUAUAAGUAGCCUUUCUGUCAAGCUGUAAGCUAGAUUACUAGCCACGACUUCCCUUAUUAUUAUAUUAUUGUCAAAAAAAAAAAAAAAGAAAAUACAGUAGUAACUUUCCUGGGUGUGACAUCACUAAAUACAACUUGAAAUAUCACACUUACUGCAGCUGCAUCUUAUACUGUACUAAUUGUUUACCUUUAAAUGGUGUUAUCUGCUUGUAGUACCAAACCUUUUCAUUGCUAUACAAAGCAUUCUACAUCCCAUCUUUUAACUUGUUAGUUUUUACCAGUCCAGUGAACAACAAUUCCCCACCUAUCAAUCUCAUUGUGCAAACCUGAUCCACACAUCUUUAUUCAUGCCCACCUUACUUGUAAUUUGUAUUUUAUUGGGUUAAGGUUUAUUCAACCUUACCAAAAGAAAUAAUUACCUCCUGCUAAAAAAGUAAUUUAUUAAUACUUAUAACCCUCUAUUGUAUUUCAACAUCUUUCCAUUUAUAGACAGAAACAAUUUCUGUAUAAUCUGCAGUCUGCAUCCACCCAUUCCUCAGAUACCUUUUCCUCUGCCAUUUCCUAUAAAAUAGCCUCUAGAUCAUUGGCAUUUUUCUGGUUUCAUUUUAAAGCUCUCCUUUUUCAGAUAUUACAGCAUUCCCAUCUGUCACCUGACAUGACAGUUGACAGUGAUGCUUUUUGAAUGUCAUUGGCAUUUAACAAUUUAAAAAUAUUCUUAUUAUCUUGAAAUAUAUCCUGAAUUUGGCAGUAAAUUUAAUAUUAACAUCUUUUUUGAUAAUAGGCAGGUCUGUAUGUUAAAUAUUCCUCCAGUAAAUCUGUAAAUCAUAUAGUCAUGAUGCUCUGGGAAAGAUGUACAUAAUAACUGUUUAAUGUUUCUUACCUUUUUAACAAAAUCUCACAUCAGCUUAAUACAACCUGAUUAUGUUUCUGUUGCAGCUGUCAGUUUCAUGGUUACUAGAGGACAAAUAUGAAAAAAAUAGUGAUUCAGUUUGUUGCAUUCUUCCUGCAUUAGUUAACACUUACUGUAUGGUCCCUAGAGUAGUCUGAAAUAAAAUGACACUUUAAAGCAGCAUGGAAAUUUGUAUACAGUACUGUACGUAUAAGAAAAUAUUUUGCUUGAUAUAAAGCAUGUUUUCGGUGGUUAUGUGUACUGUACCUGUAUAUUACUAGGUGUGUUCAUUAGGUCUUAUCUUGUCUUUAUCUAACUGUUUUGUUGUAGUUGUUUUGUAUUAAUAGGAUCUUGUAUAUUACUGGUGAUAAAAAAUAAUUUACUAUUAAUCAUUGUUGAUGAUUGUCUUCUUGUAUGCCUCAAAUAUAAAAAAUGAGGCCAAGAAUAUUAUGAAUUUUCCUUUUAAUCCCAUGAACUAGUAAUGAUAAACUCUUAAGAUACUUUUAGAGUUGGUGCACUGAGAGGGUAAACAUGCAUAUUUUGAAGAUAGGAUAUGUAUCUUUAUUUUUAUAUUUUUGAGUCACUACAGUACUGGUAUGAGAGAAUUUUGUAUUUUUUGUAGUAUCUCAGAACACAUGUGCCCUAGAUAAAUAUUAGGUCUGCAGACAUUUUAAUAGAUUCAAAUGCUGCAUUUCAUAGUACCGUAUACUACUAGUUUAUAUCAGCAGCACCAAGCAUAAAGAUGCACAUUACUCUUCCUUUAACAGAUGCAUAAUAUGGUUCAUUAGUCUAGGGGGCAAUCUUCAGUCAUGCCAGAGAACUUUAAGAUAUAAAGAUGCAUACAAUCCAAAGAUUUUGUAAUAUAUACAAAUAUGCUAAAAAAUUGUGGCCUGUUAUCCUGUUAUGAUUUAUGCAGACAAUAGAAUAUAUAUAUUCUUUAAGGGGUAGAGUACCUUGCCAUAGUGAAGGGAGAGUUGUUGAUACGAGAACUUGGACCUUUUUUCUUCAUCACAUUGAAUAAAAUACCCCAACCCUCUUGGUCCUUUUGGCCACAUUUGAGGGGAUAUUUUUUCCUUUUGUGAAAUUCAACUUGUAAAUGGAAUAAGGAAUCACCACUGGCCUUGUUCUAACGUAACUUGCAUUGGUAGUUAUGUGGUGAUUGUGUCAAAUCACCCAAUAGAAAUUAAAUCAGUGCAUGUUAGGUGACCUUCCAAUGAGAGUAAUGGUCAUCUGACAGAACCUUUGGUUGCAGAAGUAUUACUGAGAUUGCCUGGAGAUCUAGGAGUGGCAACUGCAAGUGUAUGACUCUUGGCAUUCUUUCCAGUUUGCCCACUGCCAUUAUUAGCUGAUAGAUAUUGCACAGUAAGUGCUCUUGUCUAAAUAGAUGAUUUUACUAAGCAGUGUUCAGUCAGUUUUGUAGAUACCAUCUCGGUGUUGUGCACCUGCUUUCAGGGAACAAUAGCAUUACUUGUUGCAGCAGAGGUGACCAUGGUUUAGGGUGGGUACAUUGUUUCUCAUAGUUGUCUUCUGUUUUUAUUUUUUUUUAUUUAGGAAUGAGAAAUUGGUUUAUUCUCCUGAAUCCCAAGUAACUGCCUGGCCAUGGACAUUCCUUAGAACCUGAAAUUACUUUCAGGCAGUUACUUAUUGCCUGAACCUGAUAUUAGCAACCUACUUACCCCAUCUACCUCUGACCCCACAUUACCUUGGCUGGGAAGCCAUAUGCCAAGAGACUACAGACAAGUGACAACAAUACCACAGUACCAUACAGUACAAUACAACAGUACCAACAAUACCACCAGUCCGAUGACAUUCUUCUUUGCAAAUAUACAGAGUCUAAAGCCAGCAACAAACAACAAAAUACCUUCCAUCCGUGGACUGCUUGCAGAGGCAAAGGCAAUGUUCGCGGCUUUCACUGAGACCCACAUAAAGGAUCACUUGGACAACGAAAUAUGGAUCCCAGGUUACAACCUAUACAGAUGUAACAGAG